AUGGCGGAUCGCUUGCGUUGGCAGCCUUCUCUCCCCAGUUUGGCCGGGAAAGCCAGCAGUCGCAAUCCACAGGUCUUCAUUGACAUUUUUGCACCUGGGCCAGCGCCAGCCUACCUUGCUCCACUUGAGGAGAUCAGUCAUGACAACUAUCGCAUCCUCACCAUUGAAUCACGUUGCUGCACGUUUUGCGCGCGCACUUUCCCCCAUCCUACGGCCCUGAGGAAACACCUGAGCGAGGGCACCGUACCCUGCAAGAAAGCCCAAACCUCGCAGCGUCAUGGAGGAUGCCGCUUCACAUUCUUUGGAUGGAAGUACAGUCAGGGAUCAGUUGACCCCGCCAUUCGCAAACCGCUCAUGCACACGAAGUAUGCGAAACUAGAAGAAUUCCAGAACCUCGAACAUUCUCAGAAGGCCGCGUGGCUCACGAAGGUUUUCCCGAGUGAAUUGCCUCAGACAUCAGCUGCUACCUCGCCCGAGGCAUCCCGGACGCGCAUUCUGAGCCCAUCUCAGGCAGCAACCCCAAUAGCUUCGUCUUCGUCUUCUACGGCAGUGCUUACACCCGCACCAACUAUCGCACACGUAAAUGCGACGUCGAUAUCUGCAUCGGCUUCUAUCACUGGAUUGGGUCGAUCCAUAGUGCACCUAACAAUAAUGCCUACCGAGCAACCACAGUUGAUACGCGCCGAAUCUGUGGCUUCGUCCGACUCGGACUCUGUCGAAGAGACACCAGCAACCCAUUAUAUCCCCAGCGUACAUUUGCCGAACUGGGAAGAUGGUUUUGCCACCAUACCAUUCCACCAACAGCAUAUCCUUCCACAUGACAUUCAAGGACAUGUCACUCCGCUUCGCCGCGAUCGCAACUUUUACAAGCACUUCCUCUUGGUCGAAUUAGAAGCAAUCAGAGUUGCCAACAAUGACUAUUUCAACACCCCUACAAAUGACGCUGAGCAAGCCAUGCGUCGUCGAUGGGAUCGCCCGCUGCAUAUCUCCAGUCCGGCAUCCCCUUACAUCAAUGCUGCGUUCGUCGAUCCAGGCGACACCAACCGUCCAUUCUUCGAUUGGUACGCCGGACAAGUGCUCAAGAGCGAGCGGUAUCCAGAUGGAAGUCUGCGCGCAACGGCCCAAAAUUCCCCUUCAUUCCUGAGCUCUCCCUGGCCGCGCAAUGGAGAGACCGAACCGCCGCCUCCCGAGAUCAUUGCGAUGUUCGGUAUUGGUGGACAAUUGGAACCGCAGCAACCGAUUCUCCCUUACACGACUGCAUAUGAUAAUCACCCACAAUUCGCUGCCCAUCUGCCGGUUCAGACCACCUUCGUAACGCCCGAAGAGCAUGCAAUACCCCCGGACUUCAAUGUAAACCCGCCGACGCACCAGAACGGAUUUUAUCACGGUUGGGCAUCGUAA